AUGCUCCGCCGCACCCCCACACUCCUCAGCAAACAUGUAAAUCCCCCCACUACCGCCCCUAUCGCGGGCAAUAGCAAACCACCAAUCCAACCAUUCCACCCCUCCCACCUCCUCCGCUAUGUAUACGAACCCCGUCCCGACCCAAUAAACUGCACCACCCUCUUCCCCACCCGUGAAUUCGCCACCGACCCCUCGCAUCCCCUCCACAUCCGCACGAAGAGGAAACUAGCCGCCUUCGACCCGGACAAUUUCCACUGGCGGGUCCAAUGUCCCGUCGACGUGUCCAAGCGCGCUUUCGUGCGCAGUUGGGCUGCGAAGCGAGUUGGGAAGGUGUUGAGAGGGAAGAUUGGAGCGGCGUUGGGGAGGCGGCAGGGAGACGGGUUGGUAUUGAGAGGGGGAGAGGGAGGUGGAGGACUUGAGGGCGCUCGGGAUGCUGCUGCUGCUGCUGAGAGGGAGGGGUGGAUAGGUGCUCUACUUGUUAUUUUGACCAAGGAUAAGAUUUCCCUGACUGCUUCGGAUGCAGAGGUGAGGCAGAGCGUCGAGUGGCUUCUGGAGCGGGUGAGGGAGAAACAGGGGCAGGAGGGAGGGCGACAGACGCAGAAGCAGAGGGCCGGUCAUGCUGUGAAAGUGCCCUCGAGCAGCCGUGGCAGGAACAUCAUGGUCAGCAAGGCCGGCACCUCCGCAGCACCAACUCCUCCGCGAACCGCGAAAGAGAUCGUGAAGACGGAAGUAGGACUCGCGCCCUCUCGACCCAGAGACCGGUAG